AUGUCCACUCAAAAUGGAAUUUUGGGCGUUCUAACCUCCCAAAAACUGUGGACGGCACCUAGCAAGGAACAAUAUCUGCCAGCAUAUUUCAAGGAAAUAUGUGAUGAAUACCUUUUGUCAGAGGAUAAACAUAGAGUUUAUCCUGUUGAGGUUAGUGGUUCUUAUAUACAUUGGAAGUGAAUACCAGUAUGGAGCUGGCCUAUAGUUAAUUAAUUGGAAUGAUUUGUUUAAUAAAGCUUUUAUCACGGCUUUAAUGAACCAUUUAAACAUCCAAAAUGACAUUUUAAUGUUGUCUGAAUUAGUUUGAUUCCAGUAACAGAAACGAUCUUUUUAAUACUGUCAGGCAAAACUUUUGUAUACACGAUUCAGUUGCUCUUCAAUUGUGUUUUUUUUAAUAGUGUCUUGGUCUUCAAAGAAAUUCCAGACCUGCCACAUGGGUGAUUGGCUCAGAUUUUCACGUUCAACUUCUGGACGGAAAAGCGAAACGUAUACUUCCAAGUGAAUCGCCAUAUACAGUGUAAUUGAAAACAUCCCAUUUGUCAGACAAUUGGAUUUCGAAGGUGAUUCAGUGUAUAGUGUAUAUAAUUGCAGGUUAAUUGUAUGUUAGAGUGGUGGAAAUGUCUGAGACGGUGGUCGUGAGAUAACCGUUAAAGUAGUUAGUAUAAGAUUCUUUAGGCUUUUGCAUAACGAUUAAUGGUUAAUAGAAAAAGGAGAAUGUAACACUAACUGUGAUUAUUGUUUAGGCGACCUUGAUGGUGGGAAAAGCCUUAUCGAAUUGAUUGAAUUGAUGGAACAUUAUAUGAAAGAUAAUUUUUUGGCAACAUUGCUUGUUUUGGGUGGACUUGGGAUUGGUGUCCAUUAUGACCAAUUAAAUAAAAAAUCAGAUCGUGGUGUACCGCUCAUAAUGGCGUACGGACAGCCGGUAUCGUGGAAAUCAACCGCUACGUCAAUUGCAAUGUCCAUUCUUGGUCAUAAAACAAGCAUUGGCGGUAUGUACAGGGCAGUUUUGCAAUGAAAGCAAUGUACUUUAUUCAUAUAAGCAUAUUAUACCUGCAUGCAUGGAUUUAAGAAAUUGCGAAGCUUGUCAGCUUAUCAGAUUUAAUUUGUUAUUAAUGUAAUAAGAUAUCCGUGAAUGGUUUUUGGCGGAACAGGUGGAAUUAGAAUUGGUAUUUUUAUCUUAUAUUCGACCAAAUGUGUACCACGCUACUAAUAGUAAUAUACAUUUCAAACCAUGAAUUCCUAGUUUGUUUCAAGUAUAAAUACCUGUGAAUGCCAUAUGAUAAAUUUUUUAUUAACCUCGCUUGCUCGGUAUGUACACAGAAAUAUCGGACCUCGGUCUUCUUGUACAAACAUCGCCCUAUACGCCUACGGGCUCGGUCUGUACCAAAAAGAACAGUCGGUCCGACAUUUCUCCAUACAAACCUCGCGUUCGAUUAAUUAUAAGAAAUUAAUGUGUUUUUGUAAUUUCUCUAGAAUUAACGUCAGCUGGCGCCUUGAAGUUGACCAAAGGUCAAACCCUUCCGUUUUGGUGGGACAAUGCGUCAGAUUUCUCUGUUCUGGAAGAAUUCGCAGUUUCUUCAUACAACAACGUAAGAAUAAUUUUAAUGAAUAUUUUUCUAUAUAUAUGGAUCAUUAAUGUACUUUGAUCUCCUCAUAGCUCAUCAUUGAUACCAACAUCUGAAUGACAAAACUCACAAUUUUACCGCUUUUAGGCCAACCCCAGUAAUUACUGUAUUGUAAACAUACCAUAAAGUGAUAAAGUUCAAAGUAUUUAAUAAUAAAGUAUCCAGUCACAGAGCUUUAUUUUUUCAAUUUUUUUAUUUGAAAUUUGUAAGUGCGUUAACCGUUAAAUGUACUGCCAGUCUGUUUCCAACAAUGUAUAUAGCUUCCACGGAAUUAAUCAUUUCAAACCGCAAGCAACACGGCGCAUGGUCGCACUGCAAAAAAUCGAAUUCUAGUCUAGAAUAAUAUUCUUAUUUUUUAGAUUAUUUUUCUUAUUUUAAGUAAAUAUUUCUUAUCAAGAAAUAUUUCAAGAAAAAAAAUCUAGUUUUAAGAACAAAAAUCUUAAAGUAAGAAAAUAUAACUAGGCAAGAAUAUUCGAGAGAAUAUUUUUCUUAUUUUAAGAAUAACAUUUUUCCAUCCUAGAAUAAUAUUCUUAUAAUUAGAAAAACAAUCUUGAAAUGAAGUUUAAUAUUAUUUAUCGCAUAUAUCAAAACCUUUCUUUCGGACGGCAACUCAGUUUGCAUGGCCGAAACGAUAUAUGAUAUUGAAUUGAAUUAAACCUAGUUCUAUUGUAUAUCUUUCACUUUUUUUGUCAAAUUUGAAGCUGAACGGCUCUGUCCUGAAUUGUCGCAGUUUCAACAUGGCACUAUCGUAAUGAAUUUGCCGGUAUAUGGCCAAUGAAUUGUUAUUGAAAAAUAACAAUUAUACAUGAAUUCAAAUAAUUUGCAACAAUCGUCUACCUACACUUUAAUGAAGAUGGUGUGAUCCACCGCAAAAAAUGAUGUGUAAAUUUACCCAAGAUUUUGCGUAUAAAUAUCACCACGUUAUGACAUCACGAUUAAUGCUGUCACAUUUUAAGACAUGCGAUGCGUUAGUAUAGGUAAUCAUGCGAUGGCGAGUACAAUUAGGGAUUAAUAGUACGAGUGAUGUUUGGAAAUUUUGCCAAAAUUGGACGAGCCGCCGGGGCGAGUCCAAUUUGGCAAAUUUCCAAACAUCACGAGUAGGCUAUUAUUAAUCCCUAAUUGUACGAGCAACAUUGCAUGAUUAUUUGUUUAUUAUUAGCAUGACAAAAUUGGAUACGUACUUCUCAAUGUGAACAUCAUAUUCUCUCGCCAAAGCCCAGUUCUGCCACACUUUCAACCAAAAUUUGGUGCUUUUGUUUGUAUUUUCAUUUAGUUCUUUUGUUCAAGCAAAAUUUGGUGCUUUUGUUCGUAUUUUCAUCUAGUUUCUUCACGGCAAUUUCAUUUCACGCUUGUAUUUAAAAUACGUUUCCGCCAUUUUGUUUGUUUUGGGAAAAUCAUUAAUUGUACUGCAGUACAAUUAAUGAAAUAAUUGUACUCCUCUCAACCAAUCAGCAUCCAGUAAUUUUGUCAUGCUAAUAAUAAAUACUGUAAUAAACCAUAAAAAUUUUAUAUUUAAAUUGCAAUUGGCAUAUAACUUUUUUAGAAAAUCUAUCUCAUUAUUCGCUCAUAAGUAUUUUCAUCAUUUGGCCAGAGACCGCCAGAUUAAUGCUUCCUACAAUUUCAAGCUAGCGCUACGAUAGAUUGGGAGCGCUUUUUGAUGUAUCUAUUUUAGAAGACAAGGGUCACGCGCGCAAUGAGUUGUGGGAUAUCGUGUAUCAAAUUUCAAGUGUGAUUUGCAAAUUUUCGACUUUUUCGUUUGAGUAUAUUUUGCCCAAGAAGAGUCCAUGGUAUUUAUCUUAUUUUGUACUGGAUAAGUGACUCCGAAUCCUGCCGAAGGCUUAUUGAUUUCAGGUAUGAAAUAUUAUUGUUUAUAUCAUAUAAUUAUAACGUACAUCGACCGUAUUUACUCAUUUUAUCUUGUGGCUGUUGGCCUGUUGUAGUGUUGUGGCUGCUAAAAUUUGAAUUUGCGCGCGAGGUUUUAUAUAUUGAAUUAUUUCAUUUCAAUGCCGUCAAAUGUUAGUUAAAAUCAACAAUUCAAAUGUUGAAUAAACACAUUAUAGUAAAUACUGGGUUUCACUUGUUUGACAAAACUCGAGAAAGCAUGUUUGAACCCAGAGGAGGAAUGAGGGUCUUCCCACAAUGCAUUGCAUCUCAUUAUUAUUCACAAUUACGAUUUUCAACGAACCUUUGGCGAAAAGUUGUUGAAAUACAUUGCGAUUUUGGCUCCGUAUAUCUCGUUUUUUCGAAGGUAUGUUUUUAUAUUUGUAUUAUUUAAGAUCCUAAUUAAACUAUUCUCAACUUGAUUGGUACAGGAAUUGCUUUUUAGUUAUGUUAAUUACGUAUUGUAAUUAUGCUUGAUUCGGGUCAGUGGACACGCCACAAAAGUGGCAUUCAAAAAAUGCGGAAGCUAUAUUCAUUUUUUUGAGGGGAAAUUAAAAUAAAACACGUCAUCGAAUUAAGGAAGGUCUAUUCUUUAAACUAGUACUUUAAAACUCAAAGUAGCUCGACGAAAUUGACUAGUAAUCGCGGUUUGAAAAUUGGGUACUUUUGCUAUAUUCUUUCGCCGAUGGCGGGAAUUGACCGGGCGGUUAUCAUUUGGCGCGAAUUAAAAACUACAGGACGAAUCACUAUUUUCUUCAAAUUAUUUGGAACAAACGCGUACAUGUUUCCACGUACUUUAAGUAUCAUGUUACCCUUAAGCUUAGAUAUGCUUGUGUUUAACUGUACUGAGUCUACUGACCGUAUUUUAACCAUUUAGCAAUAUUAGCGAUGUACAAGCACAUGUUGUCGAGGAUGUUGUCAUUGUUGAUGAAGCAAAUGAUACUGCUAAGCGGGUAUAUACUUCUGAAGGUAAUACGCCUGGGAAACCUGAUAAGAAGACACGAAGACGUUCUCAUAUGAAGAAUUUAACAUCCAGUCGAACAUUGUUUCAGAGUCCUGGAACAUCAUCAAAGCCGGCAAAGGUACAUAAUUAUCCAGAUUUAUACAAUGACAAUACAGUACAACUGAAAAAAAAACUAUUCUAAUGUGACAUGUACUUAAGAAUGUAUUUCAACUUUUGUUCAACUGAAGAGCAAUUUCCGAUUUAAUAAUUGAAGUUUACACUGUUUAUUUUGUAGUUUCCUAGCAGAAAGAUUUAUCUGACUCCUACAAAGAAGUAAAAUAUCAUAAAUGGACCUUUGAGGAAGAUAAGGCACUUGUUGAAUUCAUAUCAAUAGCCAAAACAGAUCCAAAGUAUCAGUAUGGAACACAUGUUGUUGCAGAGUGGCCAUCGUUUAAUGCGAAGAACUGUUUCUGUGAUGAUGGUGCCAUGCAUAUUCAAUGCAGUACUUCGUCAAACAUUCUGCUGUCAAGUAAGUUUGUUCGAUUUCUUUAUAUAAAUAGAUGUACUACAUGCAAAAUUUAAAAGAAAUAGAUGGUUCCAUUUAAAGGUCUUAUUUAAUUGCGCAAUUUAGUUUUUUGAUGUUUCAUGAUUAUGACACAGAGUGACAUAAAGUGAAAGUUUAUUAGCAUAUCAUAUGACCAGUUGCCAUGACUGAGAUUGAGGAUAUUGUUAACGAUUAUCAUGAAAAUGUGCCCUAAUCAUAAAUUAUGUCACUUUAUUCUUUCUGUUUGUUAUACUUUAUAUAGAUCGCCGUCUACGAACACGAACAACUGUUUACUACAGAAAAAAGUUUGCAACAGUGCAAGAUGCUGAAAUCCAUUAUGGUUUGACACUAUCUGACAGCUUAGCAGAACUUGUGAUUGAUAAGCGGAAAGCUACAUCUCGUAAAUCUAAGCCUGUCGCGGAAUCAGCAACACAGCCACAACACAACAACCUUGCAACAGCAACACCGUCACCGCCGCCACCACCACCAUCAUCACCACCGUCAACAAGCAAUGCUAAACCAUUGCCUACAGUGGAAAAUGUAUUUAAAAAACUUACAACUCUUCUGGACAAUGAUGAAUUAGAAGAUUUGUUGAACAAACUGUUUCUGCACCUGGCUUUGGCACAUAAUAUAACAUCUAAUCCUGGCAAUUACUGUUCAAUGUCUAUUAAAGCAAUGGAACUGUUAAAAAUCAACAACAAGAACAACCUGUUGUAUAAAUUUGCCUUGGCAUUGUGCAAUACUAAACCUGGUACUGAUGAGCCUGUAUUUCCAAUGGACAGAAUGCCAUUUGGAUUGGUUGAAUAUCAAAUAGAGUUCUUCAGUUGUACUCAUGUAAAACAGGUACUGUUUUUAGAUAAUGCAAUUGCAUAAAUGUUUCUAGCCCCUUUAAAUACUUUCCAAAAAUCUCAAUAUAUAAUAAUGGUCAUUCCAAAAAAAAACAUCCAUACCACACCACAAGGGAAUAAUUUGAAGUUAACCCCCCUACUCCCUUCAGAUGUCCUAAAUAAUAUAGUUACUACUAAUAUCAGAAACAAUGUUUUCUCCCCUCCCCCUCCGGAUGGCAGAAAUUUCCUCUGUGGGACGAGUGUGGAUCUUUUCUGGAACGACCCAUUUGUGAUAUCAACAUUGCCGAAAGUGAACAAAUAUGUUUGCUAUUUUCAGUAUUGAGCAAUAUGCACAUACCGUAUGGUUGUUUGUAAAUGUUUCUGUAUUGUCAAAUACUGGUUACAAAUACGAUGACAUCCUAGAGUGAAAAAUCCUGAAAUAUCGAUAUAUAUGAUUUAUGCAAAUAUACAUGCCAUGGAUGUUGGUUUUUUAUAUUUUAAUUAUUCAAAUUUACAGCAACAAUGUACAUAUUAAGUAUGGCAUAGACAGAAAAUAAAACAGGAAUUAUAAUGUCAUUGUUUGCAUUUUUUCUCACAUCCAGAUUAAGAUGCCUGAUGACUUUCUUCAGUGGCAUGAAAGUAUGUGUGCAGAGUUCCCCACACGUUUUAACCGUCUGUUCAGGGGCCCAAUGUGGAGUGGUGUUGAUGAAAAUUAUUAUGGCUAUCCAAUAAUGGUCAGUACUGACAACUACUAUAUAUUUAUUGUUCAUUGUUAUGGCCAUUAAUGUUGUUAAAUAUAAUAUAUAUUUAAUUAAUGUGUAAUAGUAUUGUCUGGCAAUUAAUUAUGUUUAAAUUUUCAUUUCAACCCAGCUGGUAGAUCCUUAUGAUUUAACCUAUUGAGUGGCUGCACUAUCCACUUGACAAGUAAAAUUGUCUGACGUUAGACAGAGUAAAAUACUUAGAUGGCAUUAGACGGAGUAAAAUACUAAAGUAGGGUGCAUCAGGGUGCAUUGCCACUUAAAGGGUUAAUGUCGAAUGUAUAUAUAUAGCAAAUAAGGCUUAAUUAAAAUGUUUCUAUUAUAUCACUUUAAUUAAAAAAUUAGUAUAUUAGAACUGUACUAAAAUUCAAAACUCAUUUUAAGCAUUUUAAAUUAUAGCAAUUGUACCAAUUAAAUUUUUUUUGCUUGUCUAUAUCAAUUUUAGGCAAAGGUCAAUGUUGCCUGUAUUUCAACCAGGACAGUGGCAAUCAAAACUGCAUCAUCACAAUUCAGUGAUGAGCCUAUAAUACAGGUAUUUUAAUACUGCUUGUUAUGUCCCCUUUUAUUUACAUACAAAGAGUCUGUGCAAAAACCAUCGACUGAUUUUCUGGUGUGGGGGGGGUGGGGGGUGCACCACAACCCAAAUAUUUGCACCCCUCAGAAAGUUUUUCCACCCCAGCUAGAGAAAUUGGUACACCCUAAGAAAUUUAAAUGCUCAUUUUGGACUACUGUAAAGGCUUAUUUCCACUCCAGAAAUAAGAAUCGGAUCGAACCUGAUUGGAACAAAACAAAAUAUGUGCAUGCGGCAUCAAUACAAAUGUUUGGUUCCGAUUUAUCCGGCAACGUUGCUGGCCAGAUAAUAAAAAGAAAUAUUGAAUAAUAAAAGAAUUGAAAUAUUUAUGUUUGGGUCUGGUCCCGUGGAUUAAACUUUGCGACCAAUCAAAAUGCCGUAUUAUCUCAUAUAAAUUAAAAUAAUUAAAUAAUACAUGUAUAAAAUUUACAAAAUAAAGGAUGUGAGACUGGAAUGAGCUCCAUUUUUCCUUUUCCGAUCAGAUCAUUCCACUUGUCCUUUUACUGGAAAUUGCUAGUUGGAUCGGACCGGAUCGGAAAAACUAGCUCUGAUCCGGUCCGAUCCACUGCUUAUUUUCCAGUGUGGAGAUUAGCCUAUAUAAAUAAGACGAAAAAUAAGCUUAUGAACAAAAUAAUACUAAAAAUCUCAAAAUUUUCCAUUUUCUGGAGGCUGUGCAUGUGUGCAGAUUUAAUAAAUAUAUACCAGCCGGUUUUACACAAGGGAAACCUAAGGUGUAAUUCUAUGAAAAGCAGGUACUGUACAGUUAAACAAUGUAUAUCUUUUCAUAUUAGGAACAAGCACUAAAAGACAUGAAAGCUGCAUAUCCUUCAGGUCGUUUCUGGAUCAAAGGUGAUUGGUGCGAUAUUAAACCAGCACUUCAGCAAUCAGUUAAAGGUGUUUGGAAUGGAGACUCUGAUUUAGGAGAUGGCACACUUCAGAACAUAAGAAAUGAUUAUGAACAAAGAUUGAAGACAUUUAAAAAAUUGGCAUCACCGCAUAAUGAUAUUGAGAAAGUGAUGAACAUGAUUGAGACAGUCUCAACAGAUCUGGAAACUGAUAAGCAGUUUUUAACACAAGGUUUACAGAAGGCACAGAAGGCAUACACAGAAAAAUGUAAAAAACCAAACCCAUCAAAGAAAGUACUUAUGGAACUUUCAUGGGAAAGAGUCGAAUAUAGUGAACUGUUACAACAAUGUCAGUGUCUGCUUUCUUAUGUUAAAACAUUGAAAGUCUCUGUUGGUCAAAGUUCUCAAGUGUUGCAUGUACAGAAGAGCAUGUGUGAAAAGACAUCUGAUUGGGAGAAAUAUAUGCGGAAUUUGUUUAUAAAAAGAAGACAACCAGCAGCAACUCAUGUUUUCAUCUUUCUUCUAUCUGAUGAACGUCGCAACAAGAAACCGUACUGUCUACCAAUUCAGUAUGUCCCAUACCAUUCGCUGAAAGACCAAACUGUACGAGAGCUGACUAAUAACAUAAGACAAGAGAUGGCCAAUCUUGGAAUGCUUUCUAUUGGUUUGUAGAAUAUUUAUACUACCCAGUGCCAUAACAUAUUCAAAAUUUUCAAAUACUCCACUUGUGGGAGUCAAGUGUCGCACAGUUUGGGCACAAGUUUUCUAAGGGAAUUUUGAAUAUAGAGUCUCGAGCUCUGAAAUGCAAUUUACCAGACUUUGGGUGGAGAAUUUAGAGAAUUCUGAUCAUGAUCAGAAGACGACAUUGUAACAUACUACUGUAUCAGAGGCCUACCUGGCCCAUAUAUUUGCUCUACAGCCUGAGCCUGGGGACCCCCAUUUGGCAUGUUGAGGUUGGUGCCUCUGGGUCCGCCCAGUCCGAAAAUUAAGCACAGGCACCCGCCAUCUGCCCAUGGGCAUGUAAAACAAACAGUGCGAGUAAAUACAGUGGCGAAGCCAGCCCAACAAUUUGGUCAUGCUAUGCAAAUUUUAAAUCAUUCAUUUCUUUAGAAAUUGAUUGUUUUUAUGGUGUAUUAUUAAUUUAAUUAACACAGAAAUAUUUGCAUAGCAUGCCCAAACUGUCGGGCUGGCUUUGCCACUAUGAGUAAAUAAUUAUUAAUAUUAUUAUCACACUAUUAUUAUUAGGUUUUGUCACUGAUGGAGAAUUCAACAGCUUGAGAACAAAAGGAGAGAAACGCCCAUUACACGUGGUGCAACUGAUACGAGAUGCUCGUGAAAGUGUCAGCAAAAAGUCCAAAGGAUUUUUAUUAAAGUUGAUUGUGAGAACAGGAGGUACUGCACUCAUAACUCCAUAUCUAGUAAUCUUUUCCCCCCAAUGCGACCAAUAAUUUUAGUAUAUUUUAAAGUGGAUAGCAUGUACACACCAUAAAUUGGAGAUGUAGUUUACAUAUUUUGACAAUCAGAAGAAUAAGAAUAAGAUGAAAUGGAGUACAAGAUGAAAUGAAUUGUGUGCAUGUGUUUAAUUUAAUUUCCUGCAUAUUAACCAUAUUUUACUUAAUAUGCUAAACAGCUGUAUCGGGAAUAUGUAUACAAUAUAAAUAUGUAUGAAAAAUUUGUUACUAUUUAAAUUAUGCGAAAUGUGUGUGCAUGUAUGUAUUAACAGAUGAAAGGUUUAGGUGUUAGAUAAAUUAACUGUAACUUCAUCUAUCUAUUUUCAGUUGAUGAUGAUGGGAAGCCUGUGACGGAAAAAGCAGAUCCAGCAAUACCUUCUGAUGUUAUCAACCUAUCGCAUAACUUGAGACAGGAUGGAUUGAGUUUAUUUGAGGCUCUUAAAUGCAUAAGGAUGUCCUUAGUACCAGAAGGAUAUGAACCCUAUCCCUUCAGAAAUGGAGUAGAAGAAAGCCAGGAAGAUAUGCUUAAGUCUAUUAUCGGAACAUAUCGAUUCAGGGAUACUGUCUCCAAGUAUGUGUCAGUUGGUGUAGAUUUUUCUACCUAUAUUACAUUCCAGAGAUUGAUGAUGGGACUGGUGAAGCUUUUCAUGAACGGGAAGAUCACUGCCACAUUCUCAAACGCAUUUGGAAGCACACAAGAGAAGAAGGACCACCUGGAACUAACUUGCAAGGUUUUGAUGAUGCAAUGCGUAAUCCUGGCACUGGAUUGACAUUUGCAGCUCUUACUGGCGAGAGAAAACAAUCUGUGGUUGAUGCGGAAAGAAUGUUGUCGUACCUUGUUGCCAAGUUUCUUAGUGAAAAUGGUAAUGAAAAAGAAGGAGAAUACAUCAAUAUUGUUGCAGGAUGGCAUGAGGCUGCAGAUGGCAGAGGACUUUCUGAGCUGGAGAGAUGCAAGAAAAACUAUGCUAUGCUUAACAUGAUCCUGGAUGACUGGAUGCCAUGGCAUAAAACAACACCUAAUUUUGCUACCAUCGACAUUAACAGGUAUACACGAAUUCUAUAAAAUUUGAUAGCAAGGUAUUUAUUGAUGUUCAAGCGCAUGUAAUACAAAAGUGCAGAAAAUUGCAACAAACACAGAUUUCGUAUCAUUUUCAUAAAAAUUGGUGCAUGUACAGUACAAUGAGUUUUUAUGUAAGUAAAUCUAGUGAUAAUGUUCCAUGGAAAUUAUGUAUGAUAUGUGAAAUAAUUUGACUCAUUAAUUAAGUUGCAUUGCGCCUUUAUACUCUAAUUAUUUUUUACUCUAAUUAUUUUUACUCUAGACCUGUAUAACACCAUGUGGACAAUGUUGUUUGAGUGCACUGGCACUCAAUGCGUUCAUGUUGGGGAGGGGGUCAAUUUUAACAAGACAAAAAUAGGCCAAUUACAGUAUGAAGGUGUUAAAGUAAAACUAUUUUGUUUUUUAGACCAAUCAAAGGAAUUUGUGGAUUUUCAAGAGAGACUGUGAUCGCUGUAACUACCAACAUUGAAAGCAUAGAGUAUCGCAGAAGAGAAAGUGGCAGAAUUGGAUAUCCCGAACAUCCUAGAGCUGGCACUUCAGAUGAUGUAGAAGCAUUUAUCUCCUUGUUGCACGGUUUUCUUGGUAAUAUAUGUACAGUGAAAGAGAUGAAGUCAUUGUGGAGGAAAAGUUGUAAGGUAAAUUGAAUGGUAGCAUGAGAAACUGUUUCUGUAAAUACACUGUGCUACUGAUAAUAUGCUAUGACCUGUUUGUUUAAGUGCAUUUACAUAAUAUGGCGCCAAUUGGAAUUAGUAAAAUGUAAUAAAUGUCCAUUCCCAAUCCAUAUGUGGCUGUUCUCAAUUAGAAAACAUACAUAAUAAACAGGAACACAGAUGGAAACUAUGAUAUUAUGUUUCAAUUCGCUAUAUAAUGUAUAUAAUGUUUCAAUGUAAUGUAUUAUAUGUGAUCCUUUUGUGGUAAAAUACUGUACCGGGUACAAUUUAAAACGAAUUUUAUGUUUUUUAUUGUUUAUCAUCUCUACCUUAGAGAGUAUUGCAAACGAAUUGAUGAAGAUUUGCCAUUUUAUUACUGGACAAGUAACGAACGGUUCAGAGAGUUUGGUGACCCCAUGCCGAGCUUCAACGAAGUCGAGGAAGUUCCAGAUGACACUGAUGCAGCUGACCACCCACGCCGCCUUCACAGCUUAACUGUCAACAGACGAGAAGACUCUUCCAUCUUCGCAGCAGGACGUCUCUUUAUGCCAGCGCGUAACCUAACUACUGUUCGCCAGCGGCUUCACAGACCUGUCGUCGAACCUCCUUUACUGGAAGCAGCAAUAGAAGGAAUGGAAGAUCUACUGGAAGAUGAUUUGAUGGAAGAAGAUUUGAUGGAAGAAGAUAUGAUCUAA